CGUGGUGGAUGUUUCAAACCGUCACUGUUUCCCCUGGUGGAUGUUUCUUCUUCUUUCUCAAAAUCGAAAAUUCUGUAUAUAACCGCUUAAUCAUCUUCACAAGGUAAGUGCUUAAGCUCAGCUCAACAAAAUGGCGUCGUUUUUGACUCUCCCUGCUGUUUCUCCUCGUCUCAUUCCCACCGUUUUAUCUCUCAAACGACCCUUCACUCACACUCCACCUACCUUGCAUUUCAAAAAUCACAGAUUUGCAGUUAGCUGCAGUUAUGCAGGAGGAGGUGUUGGUAGUUUUGAAUCGUCGACAUCAACUAUAGAUGUUGUGGCUGAUGUUAAAAGCGAAAAGAUUGUUGUCUUGGGAGGCAAUGGGUUUGUUGGUUCUGCUAUAUGCAAGGCAGCAGUAUCCAAGGGCAUAGAAGUCAUUAGCUUGAACAGGUCAGGACGUCCUACUUACUCAGAUUCAUGGAUAGAUCAGGUUACUUGGAUUUCAGGAGAUGUUUUUUAUGUAAACUGGGACGAAGUACUUCCUGGAGCUACUGCAGUAGUCUCAACCCUUGGAGGUUUUGGUAGCGAGGAACAAAUGAGUAAGAUUAACGGCGAGGCUAAUGUUGUGGCUGUAAAUGCUGCAAACGAAUACGGAAUUCCCAAAUUCAUAUUGAUCUCAGUUCAUGACUAUAAUUUACCAUCGUUUUUACUUUCUUCGGGGUACUUCACAGGAAAGAGAAAAGCAGAAUCUGAGGUUCUAUCCAAAUUCCCUAGUUCAGGUAUUGUCUUAAGACCAGGCUUCAUAUAUGGGAAAAGGAGAGUGGAUGGUUUUGAGAUUCCCUUGGAUUUAGUAGGGGAGCCAGCUGAAAGAAUUCUAAAAUCAGUAGAGAACUUCACAAAACCAUUAAGCGCGCUACCUGCUUCUGAUCUACUUUUGGCUCCACCUGUUAGUGUUGAUGAUGUUGCAUUGGCGGUUAUCAAUGGUGUUACAGAUGAUGACUUCUUUGGUGUUUUUACAAUUGAUCAGAUCAAGGAAGCUGCUGAUAAGGUAAGGGUAUAAUCCACGUACAUGUCUGGUGUCAUACUAGGUAAAGUAGACCAAAGUCUGCAAUUGCAAAUAGUACAAAGGGAGUGAAAAAUAUGAGGUUAUUUUUUUCCUUGUUGAAUCUUUAGUUUAUUACUCAGCAGUAUUUGAAGUUCCUCUUAUCUUAGGGGAACAAUGACUGCGAGGGGGAAAUUAUGUUAAAAUAUAUUAAAUUAAAUAACCGAUGUCUAUAUCUUUUUUCUGCCAUACAAGUGUUAUUAGUUAAUAUUGUUUAUGAUUAUGGUUAUUAAA